AUGGCCUCCGGAGAGCCCAUCCUGUACAGCCUGUACGUCUACGCGCCGGACAAGGGCGUGCCGAUCUUCUUCAUGACUUCAUACGCCCUCUCUGCUGUAUUCCAUAUCUGGCAAUGCUAUCGGUACAAUGCCUUCCGGUUGAUCGGGUUGCACCCCGUUUGCGCUGUCCUUUUCACAGCGGGGUAUGCGCUUCGCGAAUACGGAGCCUAUAAUUACUUGUACAGCCCGACGACGAAGCUACCCCUGAUCAUUUGUAUCCUCAGCCAGGUCUGCAUCUACGUCUGCCCUCCACUGCUGGAACUCGCCAACUACCACGUGCUCGGGCGUGUCUUCUACUACGUCCCUUACUGCUCUCCGCUCCCGCCGGGCCGGGUUUUGCGUACCUUUGGCGGUCUCAUGCUCCUCGUCGAAGCCCUCAACUCCAUCGGCGUGGCCUUGUCCUCCAAUUCGUCGUCCUCGCCCAGCCAGCAGACGCUCGGCGGCAAUCUGACAUUAGCCGCGCUCUCGAUCCAGCUAAUCGUCAUUUUCACCUUCGUCUGCCUGGCCGGCGUUUUCCACUGGCGGUGCGCAAAGACCAAGAUCCCUGCCGCGGCCGUCAAGACGGUGCUGCUCACGCUGUACGCGAGCAUGGCGCUGAUCUUCGUCCGCUGCAUCUACCGCCUGGUGGAGCACACGGGCGACACCAAGGUGAACAUCGCCGACCUCGACGCGCUGCGCGCCCUGAGCCCCCUCCUGCGGUACGAGGUCUUCUUCUACAUCUUCGAGGCGUCCCUCAUGCUCGUCAACUCGGUUCUGUGGAACGUGUGGCAUCCAGGCCGCUUCCUCCCGCGCGACAACCACGUCUACCUGGCGCGAGACGGCACCCAUGCGCAGCGCGAGGAGGAGGCCGACAGCCGGCCGCUGCUGGCCAAGACGGCCCACGUCCUGACGUUUGGCAUCCUGUUCGGCCGGAAGGCGCAGACCGACCGGUUCCAGGAGCUCGCCGAGUUUCACGGCGCUGCCCAGGCGAAGUGA